AUGGAUCCCGCGAAUUACAUGUGUGUCAUGCCUAAAAUGCCCAAACAACAAACGAAUUCAGUCAAACUGUGGCGCUUGCCUUAUCAGCACAAAAGCUCCAACAACGAAGAAAACCAGUCACAGGCUGUGCUAGAUCGUGAGACAGGGAUGGAGAGCUUCAAACAGGAUGGAUUACGCAAGAGCAUUUCCAGGAUUUUUGGCCAAACACUGAUAAAUGCGCUCGAAAGAGGAGCAAUGUAA